UAAAUGCGAAAAGAAGUCGAUUCAACAAAGUCCCCCUUAAAUCGAUAAACCGUCCAUAUCCAUUUUCGCCCUCAAAAUAUUCUCAACCUACUGGCCCUUAAUUUCCUUAAAUAAAUACGCAAAUCUAUACAUCAAAAUUUCAAGACUUGAGUCACUAUAUCUAUGGCAGCAGCACCCAAUUCAGCUCAGAAAUCAGAGGAGGAAUGGCGGGCUAUUCUAUCUCCCGAGCAAUUUCGCAUCCUCCGACAGAAAGGCACUGAGCCUCGUGGCACUGGAGAGUAUGACAAGUUUUAUGAUGAUGGGAUCUAUAACUGUGCUGGUUGCGGAACUCCUCUGUACAAAUCCACCACCAAAUUUAACUCUGGAUGUGGUUGGCCAGCUUUCUUCGAGGGUCUCCCAGGAGCCAUUAACCGCUCCCCUGAUCCAGAUGGUAGGAGGAUUGAAAUCACAUGUGCUGCUUGUGGUGGACAUUUGGGCCAUGUAUUCAAAGGUGAGGGGUUCGAAACACCUACAGACGAAAGACACUGUGUCAACAGUGUUUCAGUCAAGUUCGUCCCCAUGGAAACCUCUGCUUCACUGUGAACUUUUUCGCACAGUUGUUAUUCUAGAAAUGAAACCUUGUGUCGUGUGUUUUUGCCUACGUACUCUGAAAUAUUAGUAUGUGUUACAACAAAUAAGUGAUUGUGUUUGAUGCUUAUUUUGUGUUUUCUUUUUCUUGUAUCCUAUGUGUUGAGUCCUCUGGAUGGCAUCAGCAAUGAAGGAUCCCAAGUUUCAUCCUGGUUCAGAAUUGAUUCGAAGUCUUACAGUUAUGCUUAUUCCAAAAUUGGUUAGGGGAGAGAAUUUAAUUCUUAGACAUGUACUCUACUGCAAGCAACUCAAAAAUCAAUAUAUAUUGUAAAAGCAUGAAAUGUUAAUACACUUCGGUAUGC